ACUGACAGGGAAACCUUCAUCUCCAAUUCUCGUCCCUCAUCGGUUCAUUCACAAUCAAACCCUAAGCAGCUUCAUUCGUCCUUUCCCAAGGAGCAAAACUGGGAGAUUGUGAUUGUGUUAGGGUGAAGGAUAGAAGGGAUGAUCUACACAGCAAUUGACACGUUCUACCUCACAGACGAGCAGUUAGCAACCUCGCCUUCUAGAAAAGAUGGCAUAGAUGAAGCCAUUGAGACCACCCUAAGAAUCUAUGGCUGUGAUCUCAUCCAAGAAAGUGGCAUUUUGCUUAGAUUGCCACAAGCAGUCAUGGCAACAGGGCAGGUUCUAUUUCAUCGUUUCUAUUGUAAGAAGUCAUUUGCACGGUUCAAUGUCAAGGUAAUUUAUGUUGUGAUGUAUAUUAAUUGCUCUUUUUUCUAUCUUUAUGCUUCAUGAAUCCUAUGUUCAGUGUUUCUUUUGCAGAAAGUUGCUGCAAGCUGUGUGUGGCUAGCUUCAAAACUGGAGGAAAACCCUAGAAAAGCCAGACAAGUAAUCAUAGUUUUUCACAGGAUGGAAUGCAGGAGGGAGAACUUUCCCAUGGAGCAUUUAGACUUGUAUUCCAGGAAAUAUGUUGAUUUGAAAAUGGAAUUGAGCAGAACAGAAAGACAUAUUUUGAAAGAAAUGGGAUUCAUUUGUCAUGUUGAACACCCUCAUAAGUUUAUAUCAAAUUACCUUGCAACCCUUGAAACUCCUCCAGAAUUGAGGCAAGAAGCUUGGAAUCUGGCUAAUGAUAGUUUGCGCACUACAUUAUGUGUUCGAUUUAAGAGUGAGGUUGUAGCUUGUGGAGUUGUAUAUGCUGCUGCUCGUAGGUUCCAGGUACCCCUUCCUGAGAACCCACCGUGGUGGAAGGCAUUUGAUGCAGAGAAGUCUGGGAUUGAUGAAGUAUGUAAGGUUCUUGCUCACCUUUAUAGCCUUCCGAAGGCACAAUAUAUACCAGUCUGCAAGGACGGGGACUUCACAUUCUCCAACAAAUCAUUGGAAUCAAAGUCUCAGUCAACACCAAAGGAUGUUCAACAGAGUAGUCCCCCAGCUGAUACUGACACCUCAGUGCCAAAGGGAGCUCAUGGAGAAACUAAUAUUGAUUCCGUUGGUGGCAAGGGUGCAAUGGUAAAGCUAGCCAUUGAUAAGCUGAAAGAUUCUAAGAAGUCUGAUGAUGAAUCCAAAGGCAUGGCUACAGAAGGAGAGGCAAGAGAUGAACCUACACUGAAGCCCAAAUCUGACCGUAAAGGAGACGUUAGUGGGGAGACACGCAGAGACAGGGACAGGGAUAGGGACCGAGAUAGGGAUAGGGACAGAGACAGAGACAGAGAUAGAGACAGGGACAGAACGAAAUCCAGGGAUCGUGAUCGAGGAAGGGAUUCUGACAAAGAACGUGAGCGAGAGGAAGUCGAUAGGGACAAAUUAAAGGAUCGUGCUCACCGUUCUAGGGAGAGAGCAAAGGAUUCAGUCAAAACGCCAUUCAUCGCAUGGUAUGAAUCUGGGAUCUUCAUAGGUUUGGCAUUUGUUUUCCUUUUGGCAUUGCAUCUUAAAAAAAAUUUAUUUUACAGAUCGGGAUUACCAUGGUUCCUCUUACUCUUCAAGAGGGAAAGAUCGGCAUAGACAUCAUUGACAUUACUCGGAAGAGUUUUUUAAGAUGCAACCGGUUUAUUGUCCAUGGCACUUGUCGAAGUCAAUCAAUUGAUCAAGCAUUGCACCUGUCGGGCGAGAUUUACAGAUAUACACAAAUUCGUAAUGCCCUUUUUUAUUUGUUGUAGUCACCAUCAGAUUCAAGCCUGUCCUUCACAUUUCAAUCAAACAAUUUUCUCGAUCUCUUUGUUAUGAUGAUAGAUGAAAGCUGGAGUGCUAAACCUCAACAUGUUACCUGGUUUAGUUUAUAAUAUUUUUCUUUAUUUAUUGAUAGAAUUGAGUAUAAAUUUAUAAAUUAUUGUUCAUUUAGUAAUAAACAAUCGGAUCAAACGUUUUAAUU